UAGCUCUGUGACGUCAAAGCUGUUUUUUUGUUUGCUGGUAAAGAGUUAAAACCUGCGGUUUUGGUGCUGCUUUUGGGCUGAUUUACUGACGAAAAUCUGCUGCAGACGUGAAGCUACAACCCUGCCGGCUCUUCUGGUGUCUGAUUAUCGGCAUAAGGUGCAGAAAUCAGGUUAGGAUCAUGUCGUACCCAGAAGUGGAUUCGAACUCCUGCAGCUCGGCCUCCAUCAGCCUCCCGGGAACGGUGCGUCCGACCCGGAAGCAGUCGCGCUUCUCCUUCCGACACCUCUUCUCCCGUGGCUCCAAAUCCCGCCGGCACAAAGGUCGCGACCCCGAGGGCGUUCCCAUGGCGAUCGCAUCGGUGUCUGCGCAGACAGCGCUCGGUUCGCCCGGCGGAAUUCGCCUCAGCGCGGCCGGGGACAAGGCGACGGAAUGUCCGCUGUGCUGCACAGAGUACCCGCCCGCGAACUUCCCCGACAUCGCCACCUGCCCGCACCGCUCCUGCAUCGACUGUCUGAGGCAGUACCUCCGCAUCGAGAUCACCGAGAGCAGAGUCAACAUCUGCUGCCCAGAGUGCUCCGAGAGGUUCCACCCCACCGACAUGCAGCGGAUCCUCGCGGACCCGGGGCUCAUGGAGAAGUAUGAGGAGUUCAUGCUGAGGAGAUGCCUGGUGCUGGAUCCCGACUCCCGCUGGUGCCCUGCUCCGGACUGUGGCUAUGCAGUGAUAGCUACCGGCUGUGCCAGCUGCCCCAAGCUGCAGUGUUUAAGGGAAGGCUGUGGGACGUAUUUCUGCUACCACUGUAAGCAGGAGUGGCACCCGAACCAGACGUGCGACAUGGCGCGGCAGCAGCGGGCAAACAACCUGCGCUCCUCGUCCGUCAGCCACUCGCAGGUCUCCGCCGCAGACGACAUCAAGCCCUGCCCGCGCUGCGGCGCCUACAUCGUCAAGAUGGACGACGGUUCCUGCAAUCACAUGACCUGCGCCGUCUGCGGGGCCGAGUUCUGUUGGCUCUGCAUGAAGGAGAUCUCCGACCUCCACUACCUAAGUCCAUCAGGCUGCACGUUCUGGGGGAAGAAGCCGUGGAGCAGGAAGAAGAAGAUCCUGUGGCAGCUUGGCACGCUGGUCGGGGCGCCGGUCGGCAUUGCUCUGAUCGCCUCCAUAUCACUGCCAGCCAUGAUCAUCGGCAUCCCGGUUUAUAUGGGCAGGAAGAUCCACAACAAGUACGAGAACCUCCCCCCACACCGGCGGCACCUGGCUGUGACUGGGGGAGUUUCAUUAUCUAUCCUGGUGGCACCUGUGCUGGCAGCACUCACUGUUGGUAUCGGAGUCCCCAUCAUGCUAGCCUACGUGUACGGAGUAGUCCCGAUAUCCCUGUGCCGGUCGGGCGGCUGCGGCGUUCGCACCACGCAGAAGGGCGGAGUUCGCUUCGAGUUUGACGAUGACAACGAAGCAGCGGCCGGAGUGGCCGGGACUAUGGCAGGAGAUACAGGCAGCCUGGGCCCCAGCCUGCAGGGGAAGGAGGGAAACCCCAGUAUCGGGGAGGGCAGCCUGCUGUCUGUGUGUGGGUUGUGUGGCCUGCUGUCUGCCAGCAGCUCGCAGGUGGAGCGACUCGGCGUUCUGAGGGACUCUGUCAGCGACCGGGACUCCGCCAGUACCAUGGCCAUCGCGGGCAGUCUGGGCGGGAGUACCGUGGUCACUACUGCUCACAGGUUGGAGGUCCAAGCAGACGUGCAGAGGAAGCGGUGCAGUGUGAGUAGUGAGUCCCCCUCCGCCAGCCUGGGCGAUAACGCCAGCACGGUCGCCAUGGCCGGCUCACUGCUGAACGGCAUCGGAGCCUCGUCCUACACGCUGGGCGGGGCCGUUGCCGGGGCAACCAUCCCCCCGCUGGACACGGCCGGGGACCUGACGGGGAAGCCGAAGUCUCGGCACAGCAGCGGAUCCAGCAGCCUGGACAACCUGCAACCUGCACAGGACAACCUGCAGCAUGCACAGGACAGCCUUCAGCAUGCACAGGACAGCCACACAACCUGCUGCCGCACAGCCAAGGCCAGCAAACGGGGCUCGCACAGGCGCAGCAAGGUCAAGAUCCAGCAGGACAAGGUCAAGGGCGCGGGGGACGCCGAGAGGAAAGUCUGGAGCCGGGAGGAGUCAGACAGGAGAGUGUGGGCACGAGACAGCAGCGGGGGACGGAACAGGGACAGCAGGGACAGCAGUGAUGCUGACCGGAAAGCUUGGGCCCGGGACAGCAGGGACAGCAAAGACAGCUGUGUGACCAGGGACAGCAGAGACAGCUCCUGUCCCUCCCCUUCCAUCAGCCUCUGCAGCACCACAGACUCUCACUGCAGCCGGACUGACUCCCACUGCAGUCACUACUCUGAGGGCAGCCUGGCGCUGUCCAUCCACACAGACAGCUCUAGCAGAGGGACAGCUGCUGUCCACAUAGAUGCCUGCAGCAGGGGGACAGCUGCUGUCCAAACAGACAGCUCCAGCAGAGGGACAGCUGCUGUCCACACAGCAGAAACCUUCAGCAGAGCUGUUGUCCACAUAGAUGCCUCCAGCAGAGGGACAGCUGCUGUUCCAGCUAAAACAGACAGUUUAAGCCAGAUGUCUGGAGCUGUACUGCCUGCCGAUGGGGACCCCUCCAGCAGAGGGUCUGCUGCUGCCAACAUGUCUACAAAACUUGACUCUUCGAGCCAGAGUUGUGAGCCUGACACCUGUGCUAAAACAGACACCUCCUGCCAGAGUUGUGAGCCUGCCAUUUCUGCUAAGACAGACCCUCCUGCUGCGGGACUGCCAGCCCACGGGGACUCCAGCCGGGGCUCCGGGCCGGCCAGCGCUCGCAGCGUUUCCCCGCUGACAGAAGUAGAAAACGACCGUCCGGACGUGCUGAGUGCCGGGCGUGGGGCACCGUUUCCCUCAGAGACGCAGUCGUUAGGGCAUAUUGCUGAGGAGAGUGGGGAGGGGGGCGACGGCAUGGGCAGGAGAUGGUACAGCCUGGAGGAGCCGAGUCCAGCACACACAGACACACACCACAGCUCGCUUCAUCACACAUCACUAUAACACACAGACAUCACAGCUCACGAUAACACUUUACUAUAGAACAGAUGUAAGGCUAUAGAACUACAGACACAGCCACAGCUCUCUAUAGGACUUUACCAUAGAACAGAGUUAACUAUAGAACUACAGAGUUUACUAUAGAACUAGAGUUUACCCUACCAUUAAAAAUAAGCAGAGUUCUGUAUAAAAGGAGAGUUAAAUAAAUGUAGAGGCAGUAGAAAGUACCAUAGUUUGCUGUAAACCGUUCGUUUGUGCAAAGCCGUUUAAUUGUGAUAAUUUGUGGUGAACUGAACAGGAAAGUUUACCGUAAAAAGCUGCAGUUUGUUGUACUAAAAUGUCACCUCACUGUGAAACAGUCAAGUUUGUUGUAAGACAUUUAUGAGUUCUGAAAAGCUCCCAGCAAAACCAGCCGUGCAGCGUGGGAACAUGUGAAAUUGUUGCAUAACUAAAAAUGGCAACAGGAGUGGCGGCCAUUCGCCACUUGCCUAUCAUGUUGCCAUGACAACUGAUACUGUGUAGAAUACCUGUUGCCUAGGUUUCCAAGUGAAACAGUUCUGUUGCCAAUAAUGCACCAAUUGUAUGUAGAACAGCUGUUGCCUAGAUUACCAUAUAGAACAGCUGUUGCCAAGGAACCCACUUACCAUGUAGAACAGAUGUGUAUCACGUAGAUCUGAUGUUGCCAAGGACACUUACAAUGUAAUAUAUCUGUCCCAGUAUGUGGGUGAUGAAGGGAGGCCGAUUUCAAAUUUCCAAGAAGGUUUGGCCAGAGGUAGAAAACUGCAGGAUGAGACCACGUGUUUGGUCAGAGGAAGAAAACUGCUGGAUGAGACCAUGUGUACUGCAGGAUGAGACCAUGUGAACUGCUGAAUGAGACCAUAUGUUUGGCGAGAGGAAGGAAACUGCAGGAUGAGACCAUGUGUUUGGCCAGAGGAAGAAAACGGCAGGGUGAGACCAUGUGUUUGGGCAGAGGAAGAAAACUGCAGGAUGAGACCAUGUGUUUGGGCAGAGGAGGAAAACUGCAGGAUGAGACCAUGUGUUUGGCCGGAGGAAGAAAACUGCAGGAUAAGACCAUGUGUUUGGCCGGAGGAAGAAAACUGCAGGAUAAGACCAUGUGUUUGGCCAGAGGAAGAAAACUGCUGGAUGAGACCACGUGUUUGGCUGGAGAAAGAAAACUGUUAGAUGAGACCAUGUGUUUAGCCAGAGUAAGAAAACUUCAGGAUGAGACCAUGUGUUUGGCCAGAGAAAGAAAACUGUUAUAUGAGACCAUGUCUUGUUCAAUCACCCUCAGAAUGAAUUCAUUUUUGCUCCAGCAGUGAAGCUAGAUGAAGUGUAAAUCCAUAUUUUACCAAAAGAUGUAAUGAAAUUAAAAUAAAGUUAUGUUUUUUUCA